AUGCAGGGUCACAGCCACUUGUCUGUCAGGGUCAAGGGCGACUGCGGCGACCACAGGUGUAUAUAUACGACGAGACACGAGAUGGUCACAGAGCACAUCCCACUCUACCUCCGUCAUGACAGCCAUUCAGUUUUCUUAAGUUAUUGUGGACAGCGAAGUGUUCAUGACUCAGACCAGGACCUUAUCUGUGAGCAGGUGAUCCUCGCGUUGGCUCUUUCCGCCUCCGUCCUCUGCGACGACCUCGGAGGCUUGCUUCACGGAAAAGGCAUCCACCAUGCCCCAGCCCACUACGCCUUCAACUACGGGGUUCAAGACGCCUACUUCGGCACCAACUUCGGCCACGCGGAGUCUCGCGACGGCUACAACACGGAGGGCGUGUUCUACGUGCACCUCCCCGACGGGCGCCUCCAGACGGUCAAGUACUACGCGGACGAGCACGGCUUCCACCCCGAGGUCACGUACUCGGGCGUCGCGCACCACGCCGCCGGUUACCACUAG